AUGGAGGAUUGUAAACCAGUGGGGACACCUAUGACAACCAAUAUCAAGCUAAGCAAGAAUGAUGACUCUGAGAAAGUGGAUGAAAGCUUGUAUAAAAGCUUAAUUGGCAGCCUUCAAUACCUCACAGCAAGCAAACCUGAUAUACUAUUUGUUGUGAGUGUUCUUUCAAGAUUCAUGCAUUCACCAAAGGAGAGUCACUUCAUAGCUGCAAAACGUGUGCUUAGGUACAUCAAAGGUACCAUUGCUCUUGGUACUUUCUUUCCAAAAACACCAGGAGAGGCUUUAAAAUUGAUUGGCUACACUGACAAUGAUUGGGGAGGUUGUAUUGAUGAUUCAAGAAGCACAUCAGGGUACUUAUUUUCUCUAAGUUCUGGUAUUUUCACUUGGAGCUCAAAGAAGCAAGAGACAACAGCUCAGUUUACUACAGAAGCUAAGUACGUUGUUGUUGCCUUAGCUGUCAACCAGGCUAUCUGGUUGAGGAAGAUGUUGAAGGAUUUGGAACAUGAGCAAGCUAAAGCAACCAGGAUUAUGUGUGAUAACAUUUCUGCAGUCUCAAUUUCAAAGAAUCUAGUCUGUCAUGGACGAACCAAGCAUAUCAAGAUUAAGUUUCACUUUAUCUGA